AUGCUCAAUGAGCUCAACUCAAAGGUUGACAAUCUGGCCCACGAAUCAACCACGUCGACACGAAGCACACAGGGAUCGAGCGCAGAAGCCAAUCUGAAUUUAAGUGGUGAUCGUGAUGAGACAACUUCCUUCACUGGCCAACUUGAAGAGGAACCUUCUUUUCUAAACCAAGCUCUAUUUGCAAGUCAGAUUCUGAACGGUCAUAUCUGCGACUCCAAUGGUUCGAAUGGCCUGCUCCGGAAGAUGGCGUCGGCAUUAGAUAACUUGCGCGAAGUGAUCGAUUCUCAGAAACGACAGAAAGCCACGUUGAAAACCCUUUAUCCGCAUGCUGGACACAUUCCACAUGGGAGUAGCUUGGAUGAUCUUCCAGUCCCACCAGUUGAAAUCAGUCUAGAGUGCUUGCAAAGAGCCAAAGGUAGUGUUAUCGGUGAUAAUCAAUAA